AAAGUCACCCAUGUCCAGAGACGUAGCUCCUGUGGGUCUGACAUGGUGUCUGCCAGCUUUACCCAACUGGAACAACUUUGGGCCACACUUCAGUGGCAGUUGCUGUAUCCUUGACAGUCUUCUGAAGACAUACAUGUGCCCUGGCAACUGGUAAGUUUAUUGUCAGUGGGUGGCUUCUGAUAUCAGGUAUUUGCUGGAUGGUAGCUGGACAGACUUUUAGAAUUUGAGGAUCACAUAAAAAAUGAAAGCUUUUCUCCUGGUCUGGGGACUUCUACAAAGUUUCGACUUUGCAUUAAAUGAAAGCUGCCUGCCAAGACUGGGCUAUGUGUGUAAGGAGAUACCGACAAGCUAUCCUGCUGACAUGAGCUCUCUGGUACUCUGGGUGAGCAAUGUGGGAGAGAUCAAUUCAACUGUGUUCAACAACACACAUCUGGCAUCUGUCACCAGUCUCACAAUGGAAAAAAAUGGAAUCACAGCUAUAGCAGCAGGGGCCUUUGACAAGUUUCAAAACCUGAAGAUGCUCAGUUUGCACAGUAAUGACAUCUCCCUAGUCACCUCAGCCUGGUUCACCCACAAAGUGCUAGAGGACUUCAACUUGUCAAGUAACAGGAUUGUGUCCUUGAAUGACGAUGCCUUCCGUGGCCUGUUGGGGCUCCUCAAACUAAACUUGUCUCACAACCAGAUCCAAACUAUCAGCACUGGUACUUUUGUCUCCCUGAGUAACCUGAGCCAUCUAGACCUUUCCAACAAUAAGCUGAGUUAUUUGAGUGUGGAAACUCUUCGUCCAGUCAAUAACACCAAAAUCUAUUUGAACGGAAACCCCUGGAACUGCUCCUACACUGAGUAUAGCGACUACAUAAGAGAACUCAAAAGGGCCUCUUUGCUGGAGAAUGAAAUGGAGGUGCUCUGUGACAGUCCAGCAUGUCUGAGGGGAGUGCCUGUAUGGAAUGUGUCCAAAUGUGUAGAACACAUCACAGCAGUAGGCCCCACAACUGGAAGCAGUCACACCCUACAACCAACACCAAUUCAACCACACAUUAAUUGGUCUGUUCUUAUCAGCUUGUUAGUGGUACUUUGUGCCCUGGUACUUGUCAUCUGUGUUUUGUCAGUUUUGUACCACAGAAAACGAGAGCGGAAACAUCUGCAGACCAUCAGACCUUCUCCAGAGGAACCAGAAUGUGGAAAACAAGCACAGUUAGACUGUAGGGAAGCCCUAGAAAGUUAUAAAAAUGACCUGAACAAGAAACCAUAUUACAGAACUGAAGUUUUACAAAGGCUGGACCAGACAGUACUUGAGUCUGAGAAGAUGUCACAGAUUUACCACAUUUAUGGCACAGGAAUAUAUCAAAACGGAGACAGAAAUAACCGAGCCAAAUCAGCUGGACCUGUGCUCUCUAGAACUGACAUCUUUGGUAGACGGUUAGAGACUGGAGUGGAAGACCGGAAAGAUCUGAAAGAGCUAAAGCAUGAAGAAAUGCAUGCCAAGUUUGCAAGUGAGAAGGACAAUUACGAGAACUUUCUUGAUGGGAUGAUGGAAGCCAGGCAGGAACAGCAAGAGUGUGGAACGGAAGAAGACUUGCAGAAAAUGGAAAGGAAACAUCCACAGGUCGAGAAAGUAGAUGAUGGUGGUGAUGAGUUUAGUACCACUUUAGCAACGAGAGAAAAGCACAAGCAGAACCAAAUGAUAGAAGGUUUGGUGGAAAAGGAGGAAAAUGCCAAAAAACAGGAAUUUCUGCACAACGAUUAUGAUUCUGUGUUCAAUGAGGAGGAAGUUAAAGAUAAUUUGAUAUCCACUUUAGCAAGACAUGAACUUUCUCAGCCAGGUAGUGCUGAUGGUUUCCAGCCUUUUGAGGAUUCUGAGACCAUACCGUACCUCACCAUUGGGACUGAUCCAGAAAACCAAAACCAAAAUCUAGAGCAGAUUCCAACUGAAGCUUCCACUCAUCUGGUGCCUUCAAGGUCCAUUAGAAGAGUACUGACCUGGCCUCCUACAGCAGUUCAGUGGAAAAAGCAGUGGGCCCAAAAUCAGCAAAUCGUCAGUGUUUUCCCUGAGUUUGUCUUUGUCACUGGAUGCCAGCAUCAAAACAGCACAUUCCCGUUCAGUACUUCUUCAAUCAGCCCAGAGGCUAUUUUGCAGCAUCAAGUUAACAUUUUUCCAUCAAGCAUGUCUUCAGCCAGCCCAGUAGGUAUCCCACACGAUAGUUGCUCUGGCUCAAACACCAUACACAAAUCGGCAAGACAAGAAGCUACAGAUAUCAAGACUGUGGAACUUUUGAAGGAAAUUUCAGAGUCAACUACCCACUCUUACAUUCAAAACCUCCCCAACUCAGCUCAGUAUUCUGCUAAAUUAAAUGAAGCUCAGUAUGGUAUUAUUAAUCAUAAUCCUCUAUUAAACAGUAAAGACUUGCUCCAUAGCAGUCCACUGUCUGAGGAGAUGCACCAUGAAGAAUCAGUGAAUCCCAGUGAAGAGUCUGACAUCGUAAAAAGAGGUAGCCGGACAAAGAAGAAGGAUCAGACUCUCAAGAGUGAGCAGAUGGUAUCCAAAUCAGAGAGGCAGUCCCGGAUAAGAGAAAAGGAAGGAAGAGCAGCACUAAGAGGACAGAGGAAUCAGUCAGGAUCUGACUCAAGAGUGCCCCCUUCUGGAGGUUCUCCUAGUGAUGACAGCCUGCUAGUGGAUAAUGAAUAUGCCUUCAUAGAUCUUUUGCAUGAGGUUGUGGAGAACCAUGGUCGCUGGACGCGGGAGCGGUGGAGGCAGAGCCAUAUGAACAAGCAAAAACAUAAACAGUCAGGAAAGAGUCAUUAAUUUUGCUCUUUACGCUGUAAACAACAGUAAUAUGGAAAGUACACCAAGGAGCAACCUGGGUAUCUACAGAGGUCACAGCAUUUAACACAGCUGUUAAAAAUUAGAAAAUUAUAGAAUGAGAAAUGUAGAAUUAGUUUGAGCACUUGUAAAAUGUCAUCACAAGUGUGCCAAUUAUAGUAUGAUUUCCUUUAUAGCAUACUUUAUAACUCACUUCAAUAGUAUUCAGUAUAUUGUCUGAAUAAUCUUACAUUUGAUAGUGUGCACAGAAUAAAAAAUAAAUAAAUGUUGUCAAACAUGCACACGCAUGCAUAUAUAAAGUCAUCUGCAGAUUUUGUCAGAAAUCAGAUAUUUCUCAGUGAUUCAUUGAUUCCUUAACCUGAAUGUAGAUAAAGGUAAAUUAUACAUUUUUUUUUUAUUAUUAUUAUUUAAUAUAGAAAUGUUUUUAAGCAUAUCAACAACUCACAGUGAGAGAGCUGGCCAGUCUAAAGUACAGCCUUCACACAGGGUUAGUUGUAAUGCAGUCUAACAAGCCUUCCUGAAUAAAGUUUUUAUGCACAGAUUCAUCAAAAACGUACUGAAGAUGUCAUUUAAAUAAAAUAUAUAUUGUUUUUUCAGCAUCAAAGCAGUGCAUUUACGUUCCAUUCCGGACAUCUUCAACCAGCCCAGAAGGUAUCCCACAGUAUCAAGGCACCUGUUUGACACAUUUUUUAUUGAAUUAAUUGCUUUGUGUUGAUUUACCAGAAUUUUAAUUGCCUGUUACAAUUAACCUCGCCAAUGGGAUAAGAUCUAAAAGUUGCACUGUGCUUUCAGCUGAACUGUUCAUAAACAGUAGCUGCAAGACAAAAUUAACAUUUUCAUUUGUAGUAGAGAUGUGUGUGGUUUGUAUAAAAAGUAUUAACAUUUUAAAUACUUUUAAAAUUAAGCAGACAAGAAACGUUACGUUGUGCCACGCGCUCCCUGUCCUAAAAUCCAUUCAUGCAAACUCAUACAACAGGUUAAGAAUGGAGAAACACUGUUUCUGGCUGCAUGCAGCAUUUAUUGAAUCAUU